UAUCUCUCGGACUUGCGUACAGCAUCCCGCUCGACGUACACACCCGUGCCACCAUUCGACGAGGUGUGCUGCUGUUGUUCAACUUCCGAUUCCCGUCGACCCGCGAGCAUGGCCGCGUCACUAAUUGGCAUCUCCGUCACCGUCACAUUGCAGAACCCGCCCAAUACAAUUGUCGAGGGUUUAGUCGCGAAUGUCAAUCCUCAGACAUCCACGCUAACGUUGCAGAAUGUUCUAUUUCCUGCGACCGGACACCGCAUUCCGACUUACCAUGUCGAAGGCCACGCGAUUGCUGACAUUAAGGUGAAUGGACCGUCGAGCACCCCACGAGCCUCGCAAGCACCUCAAUUCGAACAGCGCGACUACGGACAAAAUGUGGUAGGACAAAGCCAGCAUGGGCGGUUGCCUUCGAUGCCGCAGACUCAUGCCGUCCCGCAAGCACACCAGCCUCAGCACACCCAGCCUCCACAACCUUUUCACCACCAGUUGGGUGGCCCGGCGCCCAUGUCUCAAUCGUCGCACGCGAAUCAUGAAGCUUCCAAUACGCACCCAGUCGCCCACGAACCUUUCGUCGACCCUGCUAUUCUGAGCGCGGUUAAACGAAAUGUUGCGCCUGCUCAAACUCUUGCUGUCGCCGUUCAUCCUCUCGAGGCGCCUGCUACGCCUAUAAAACCUCUCACUGCCGUACCUACCGCGCCUGUUGCGACUGCUGCAAACACGACUGCAUACCCAGAACACACGAAAGAGAAGCCGUUGAGGAAGCCCAGCGCAGCGACGCUGGAGGGGCCAUUCUCGUCUUUGGACAUAGCGGAUGCGGAGGAUCAGGCUAGCGAUGAUAGUAAGAGCGCGAAGACUACUCUACGUAGGACGAGCAUCAACAAAACUCGAACGGGCAAGCCAAUGGAUGAGGCAUCUGUGCGAACUCCCGUGAAAGUGAAGGGUGAGGAGGGAAGCAAGAAAACUAGGCGCGGUGGCAAGGCGAGGAAGAAGGAAGUAGCGGCGCAAGAAAGACGAAAUGGAGGCGAGCUCCAGACCCCAGAGGGCGGUCGGAAAGGGAAGGGCAAUGGCUGGAGACAGACCCCAAUACUUGAGGAUGUCUCUGAACCACAGGCUAGAACCCCGGGAGUUAUUGGAGGUCGAGUAGGGCUGGAAGCCGCAACCGCGUCGAGCAAGAAAACGCGUCGACAGAAAGUGCUCGAAGCCAAGAAUGGAUGGGCUACCGAAGACGCGACAGAUAUUCAAGAGCUACCGGAAUUCGACUUUGCGGGUAAUCUUUCAAAGUUCGACAAGCGCACUGUUUUCGACCAGAUUAGGAACGAGGACACCACUGCAGAUGAGGAUCGUUUGGUGAGCUUCAAUCGCUUGGCACGACCAGGCACUCAUGGAGGAAAGAACCUGCACCCCACGGAAAAUGUCCUGGAAAGUCGGCGAUUGAAGAGCACUACAAACUCUAGUACGGACAGCGACAUAUCCGACUUUGGUAGCACCCGUGGAUCGCGUAGGGCAAUGUCUCGUGCUUCUAUAAAACGUGCGCCUACUCGACAGGGCAGUGGCGUGGUGGACCUCGACGCACAUGCACAUCUUGGUUCAUCGCAGACACUUCUGACCCACGCAAAUCGCAACAUCAUCAACCGCCAGUACGCCUCCUCAUCUCAUGCAACCGGGAGCCCUAAACCCAGUCGCAUUGCAACACCACCCGAGUCCCCUCUUGUCGAAACUGCGACCCAAGGCUCCCUGCGCCUCGACUCCAACAACCGUAGAUGUCAUACGAUCACCCCUGGUGGGAUGCUUGCAGUUGAAGAGAUCGCCGAGGUUGAGUUUGGUCUUUCGGAAGAGCUGAUGGCGGAGAACGCGGCACGCGGCAUCGCUGAGGUCGCACUGUCAGCCAUCAACCCAGGUGGCCGCCGACUGGCCCGUGACAAUCCCAAUGCCCGCCCUGUUAUAGUGGUACUAGCAGGUAAUCACCGCGGAGGUGCUAGAGCUGUUGCUGCCGCACGCCAGUUGCAUGCCCGGGGUCCCAAAGUCCUGGUUGCCCUCCUCGGCUUCGAACGUAACGCAGAUUGGGAUCGUGAUGUCAGACGACAGGUUGAUCUCUUGAAGAAAUUCGGUGGCUCAGUGCGCGCAUGGCCCGAUCUCGAAGACGCGCUCAAGAGGCUGCAGGCACCGCCGGAGCUCAUCAUCGACGCCCUUCUCGGCCGCAACAAGGAGUUCGAUGCUCUCGGUGACGCAGACCGCCGCACCGUCUUGACCAUUGUCGGCUGGGCCAACAAAUCCCGCGCGGCCGUUCUGGCUGUUGAAACACCCUCGGGCGUUGGCGGCUCCACCGGCGAAGUGGCCAUCCUCGAGGGAGAACCGCUGGAGGUCCGCGCCAAGUACAUUGUCUGUCUAGGCGCGCCUAGGAGCGGACUCCUCAAAGCGCUGCAGAAUGGCGCCGGUCGAGACCCCAGCUGGAUGAUCUGGGUCGUGGAUAUCGGUGUCAACCGGCCGUGGAGGAAUGCAGGGAUCGGUGGAGGCAAAGGCAUUCGGUUCGGCGAGGACUGGGUCGUGCAGGCAAGAUUCGUGCAAGAGGCGCAGGCUUAA